CCCUCAGUCCUGCGCCUCUUUGUCUUGUAAUCUACAGACAAGAAAAAAGCAGGCAAAUUCCAGCCUUUCAAGAAGCUCUUCGGUAAGAGGAAGAAAAGAGAACCCGUGUCAGACUGCGAGGAAGCCAAACUGAAGCCCAGCCACUCCUUCGGCAACGUCUGCAACGGCACCUUCUCCUCUGAUGAAGAGCCAAACGGUGGUCUGAGGUCCUCCCAUUAUUCUAUGGGCAGUCGAGCUUUUUCCCAUGACAGUAUUUUUAUACCUGAUGGGAGAACAGAGAGUGAACAGGCCAUCCAAGCAAUGUCACAGGAGAACGUUUUAGGAAAAGUCAAAACUCUUCAGCAACAGUUGGCCAAGAAUAUAAAAUUUGGGCAGCCUCCACAAAUGACAGUUUCUGUAAGGACAAUGGGGGAGGCAAACGCCAGUAUAGAAGAGGAUGUGUUGCUCAGUAGCCCCAUGGAGAUCGAGACUCAGCAGGACACAGUGAUCUCAGACAGUGGUAAUAAAUCCACUGACACCCCAGAUUUGUUGAGAACAAUGAAGUUGCCUGGAACAGGACAUGAGGUGGAAGAAAAGGUCACUCCAGUCAAAUCAUCUCGGCCAAAAAGACAAUUUUCCUGUUCCGGCACAAUUGAAACGAUCAAUUUGGAUGCCGUUCCCCAGGCUGUUGCUCGUCUAGACAACAGUGCAGCUAAACACAAAAUGUCAGUGAAGCCAAAAAAGCAGAGGAUGUCAAGAAAGCACAAGAGAUUAACAAAGGGAUCACAAAGUUUAACAAUAACAGAAUUUGAGCCAGAGGACCUAGAAACUCAGCUGUAUGGGGACAGAUACCCAGGUUAUAAUGGACACAUCAUAGCAGACAAGCUAAUCCAGAACAGAGAUGAGCAGAAACAGCUUCAGCUGGCAGAGGAGAAGAGAAAUGAAGAUCACUGGGGGGUCUUUGAGGCUGAAAGGAUAAGGCAUAUUGUGGAAAUGGAAGAACAAAGAGAAAUGGAAGAACAAAGGUACCAAGAACUUGAGCAGAUGCAAAAAGAGCAGGAGAGAAGGCGUUGUGAAGAAGAGAGGAGGCAGUAUCUCCUUGAAGGAGAGACGUCUAUGAAAACAGAGGAGCAAACAUGCCAUAAAGAGGAGAGAAGACUGCUGGAGGCUGAAAAGAGGCAAGAGCUGGAGAAGCAGAGGCAGGAGUCAGAGAACCAACAGGGACAAGAUCUGGAGGAGCAGAAGCGCCAGGAACAGGAGGAGCAACAGAGACGAGAGCUGGAGGAGCAGAAGCUCCAGGAAUGGGAGGAGCGACAGAGACGAGAGCUGGAGGAGCAGAAGCUCCAGGAACAGGAGGAGCGACAGAGACGAGAGCUGGAGGAGCAGAAGCUCCAGGAACGGGAGGAGCGACAGAGACGAGAGCUGGAGGAACAGAAGCGCCAGGAACGGGAGGAGCGACAGAGACGAGAGCUGGAGGAGCAGAAGCUCCAGGAACAGGAGGAGCAACAAAGACAAGAGCUGGAGGAGCAGAAGAGGCAAGAGCUAGAGGAGCAGAAGCAUCAGGAAUGGGAAGAGCAAAGGCAGGAGGAAGAAAGAAAUUGGCUGGAGGAACAAAAAGAACUCAAGGAACAAAAACAGAGACGAGAGCUAGAAGAUAAAGAGCUUCAAGAAGCUGAAAUAAAACUGAAUGCAGAGGGUGUGCAACAAGAUGAACUGAAGCAGCAAAAGGAACAAAAUGAACAAGAAUGGAACAAGCUGGAAGAGCAGAAGGUAGACACAGAAGGACAAAAUCUUCAGCAAAACCAACAAGAAAAAUCCUUGGAAGAGCAACAAGGCAAGGAUCAGUUGUGUUCUGGAGGGGCUGAUAGGCAGCCAGUAGAAGAGAAGCUCCAAGAAGGAUCAAGAUCCCAAAAACUCAAACAGCCAGAAAAAGGGAAUAAAACAGCAGAAGAAGUCCUAGCCCAGAAACUGAAGAGAGAAGUUGAGGCUCAGGAACAAAAGCGGAUAGGGGAAGAACUUAGGUGGCAAGAGGUAGAUGAAAGACAAACUGCAUCCAGACCCUUCACAUUUCAAGUGUCUUCUGGAGAUAAACAGAUCAUAUUUCAGAAAGUAAAUCUGAGUCCAGUCAUGCCCGUCAAAGGAGCAGGACUCUCUUCUCCAUCCGUCAAAGACUGCAGGAUGCACGCUGCCAGCAAGGGCUCUCAUACACUCCCGUCAUCUGUGUGUGUGCCCCAUACAGCUAUUCUGGUUACUGGGGCACAGCUGUGUGGCACAGCAGUUAACUUGAACCAGAUAAAGGACACAGCUUGUAAAUCGUUACUUGGCUUAACGGAAGAGAGAAAAAGUGUGGAUAUUCCUUCACCAGAGAAGGCCCAGAAAAAAAAACAGGAUCCCAAGCCAAGCAGCAGUAAAAUGAAAUAUGCACAAGAGACAUCGAACAACCAGGCCGUACUAGCUGAGUGGGCUUCUAUCCGCUCCAGGAUCCUAAAGAAUGCAGAAAACAGCAAAUAUAAUGAGAGAGACCGAGUAAGUGUCUGCAGACACAGUGAUGACUGGACACCCCGAGGACGGGGUGGUCCCCAUGGUAACUUGAGGAAAACCCUCUCUGCAAAUGCAAAGUUCUCGAUAACACCAGCAUGGCAGAAAUUUUCAGAGGCUUCAAAAAACAGUUCAGAUGCUGAGAAUGUAAGUGUGGCAAAAGGCAAUGAAACAGUGGCUGUGGGAAGAAUCACUGGCUCAUCUGCUGAUUUGAAGGAGGAUGUGGCUUCUGCUUUUAAGGAUAACUUAGCUGAAAAGGCUAAAGAGAAAAUGGAAACCCAUAAUGAAAUGACAGACAACACAGAAGGCUGUAAAUUUGCAAAAGAUCUUCCAUCUUUCCUUGUUCCAAGUUUUCCUCAUUCUCCAGGCAAAGAAUUCCCGCAGGCAGAACUUCUGGGUGCUCUGGAAGAUCAGCAGAAUAACAGUACAAAAAAAGCAGAUAAACCAGCACCAAACGGAGAAGAAAACGUUUCUCCUUUUGGGAUAAAGUUACGAAGGACAAACUACUCUUUACGUUUCCAUUAUGAUCAACAGGCAGAGCAAAGGAAAAAGAAAAGAUACAGUGCAGGAGAUAGUUUUGAUGGUGUGCCUGACCCACUAGUUACAACAGAAGGUGAGAAAGAAUCCUCUGGUUUUGCUCCACAAGAGAGUACAUCCCCUGGCACGGGGAAAGCGAACGUCCCUGUUAUUGUAAAAGACUCAAAAGACUCCUCAAUUACUGUGGUGGAGAUUUCAUCACCAGCGGGCACACCAGUGGUUCUACCAGCCACUGGCCAGAGUACUUUACACCCUCAGGAGAAACCAGCCUGCAAGUCACUGGUCCCACAGAAACCUGCUUUAGCUCCAAAGCCCACCAGCCAGACACCACCAUCGUCUCCGCUCUCUAAAAUGAACAGAUCAAACCUAGCUGAUAAGCUAGGGCAAAGGUUGGUUAAAGCUGAAUCAGACGGUGGCUGGAGAAAAGAAGACAGAGCAAAUGCAGUGCACCCCACGCCAUCGAAUGAAUACAAAAAUGAAGAGGAAGAAAUCAGAGAAAAGAAGUCAUUUUUCCCAUCUAUAAGUAUUCCAUGGAGAGAAAAAAAUGACAAAAAGCCUGAGCCACUGAAGAAAGAAAAACCAGUCCUCCAGAGCAGGCACUCUUUAGAUGGAUCUAAAUUGAUGGAAAAAGUUGAAACUUCACAACCCCUUUGGAUUACAUUAGCGCUGCAAAAGCAAAAGGGAUUUCGUGAACAGCAAGCUACGAGGGAAGAGAGGAGACAAGCCAGAGAGGCGAAGCAAGCAGAGAAGCUGGCUAAAGAAAAUGCUGCUGUAAGUAAUCAGUCAGAUAAUAAAAGCAGCAGCAGCAAAACUAGCACACUGCAGAAAUCUACAACUCAAGAAGGGGAGAAGAAAAUUGAGACUACUGUGUCAAGACUAGAAAGAAGGGAGCAGCUAAAAAAGUCGAACACCCUUCCAACAUCUGUGACAGUGGAAAUUUCAGAUUCUGUUCCAUCAACCCCCCUGGCAAAGGAGGUGGCCAAGAGAUUCUCUACGCCUGAUGCUAACCCUGUGUCAACAGAACCAGCCUGGCUUGCGUUAGCCAAGAGGAAAGCAAAAGCCUGGAGUGACUGUCCACAGAUCAUAAAGUAAACUGUAAAAUUACAUCUCUAUUGCUGACUAUUAAUUGCUUUCUUUUUAUUUAUUCAGCUUUUUACACAUGACAAAACUGAAAAUGCAUGUACUGAAGAACUGAAAACUGAACUGGUUACCGUUUUGCUCUAGCUCACUGUAAAGUCUACUCAAGUCAUAUAUUCCAUUGCUUUGACAAAUAGCUAAAUGAGGUCACGGCAAAAAU